AUGCCAUCCGUCGACGUCGCCAUGGUGCGAAGCCUGCGAGGUGGCCUCUGGGGCACUCUCACCCAAGGUCUCACGUCUAAUCUCGGCCGUCGCAACACCUUGGAGGAUCUUCAGAAUAGUGCAAGCGAGGCUAAGACGGCCUUUUCGAGUUGGGACAAUUGCAUGCAGGCCACUUUUUGCAAAUGGCCCGUCAUUGCCAUCAUCAUCAUCGGUGGUCUCAUCAUCUUCUCUAUUGUCUGCCGAACCCCCAUGAAGGCCCCCGUCAUGUCGCCCGUCCGAACCGCUCCCGUAUACGAACCCCCUCAGUACGCCGAAUUUGAAGUGGCCAAGAAGGGCGGCGAAGACUCCCUACCCUCCAUGCCUGUUUGGAACGAAGCCGGCUCAAAGAAAGCCACCCUCGAGCAGGAGGCCGUGGAGAUGAACCAACUCAGCCGAACCGCCACCGGCCAACAGACCGUCGCAUCUGCCUCGGCCGCUGCCGCUGCUUCUGCCGCCGCCGUCGCCGCCGCUGCCGGCCAGCCAAGCCCCGCCAGCCCUCAAGGCUACGGCAACGGCUACUCGCAAACCCCCGCGCCGUACGGUGCCGAUCCUUACAUCGCUGCUGCCGCCGUGCCCAACUCUCGGAUGGCCUCACCUCGUCAAGACUACCGCGGUAAUGGCUACAAUCAAGGUUAUGGCAAUGGCAAUGGCCAAGCCUAUCCUGACGCGGGCCAGGGCUAUGCCAAUGGCCGCUUAUGGAAUGGAUCCGAGACGGGCCUCCCCGCUUCGGCGGCUUAUGCCGCUGAGCCUCUAAGGCACUCGCCCGCUCCCCAGGCUGGCUACGGAUACGGCCAACAGCAGCAGCCGCAGCAGCAACAACAGCAGUACGGAGCCGCUGCGGGCUACCGGCAACCCCAGCCUCAACAACCACAGCUCCAAAAUACCGGCGGCUUCGAUUUCAGCUCGGGGUACAGCCGCCCACAGGAAUACAAUAACUAUCGGCAACCUAGCCCCGUUGAGGUUCAACCCCAGGAACUUCCUGCCAGCACUGGAUACGCCGCCUACUCCCCCACCACGACACAGCGCAACAACGGCUAUUAG